AUAACCAUGUACAAUUCGUUCGAUAGAUGUCCUGUUUAAUAAAAUUGUAAAAAAGGUCUCCACAGAUAUCUCUUUGGGCCUCUGUGUUUUCAAUUUUUUUCGCGGGUUUUCAAUAAUGGAGGGGUUUCACCUUUCAUAUAUCCCUUUUCGUAACCCUAAAUCAAUGGCUUCCCGCCAAAAAAUAUCCCUGAAUCCUAGUGUUUAAUCUUGAAUUUUGUUACCCAUAUCUUAUUUUGUUUUGUUUUGUUUGUGUGAGAUUAGUUUUUGAUUAUAUCUGUGCAUAUCUUGAUUUUUAUGCAAACGUUGGUUGUAAAUAAAGGACAUUUUUUUAGGGUUCGAAUUCACAAUCCAUGGCAGGGCUGUCAAAGAUAGCUGAUGGGUCUGAAACAGAUUGGCUUAAAACGCCAACAGAUCUUCAGAAUAGUAAUUCUUGGGUAGAUCUGGAGCCAUUUGCAAAAGGGUCUGUUGAAGGUGGUAGAAAGGGUGACCUUAAGUUUUUGUUUGAUCAAAUUGUUUCGGGAUUUUCGAGCGAAAUAUUUGGGGAUAGAUGUUUUAGGCCUCUACCUCCUGUGCUUGGCAAUGGACAGUCUGUGGAUUUGUAUAAUCUGUAUUUGUUAGUGAUAAAGAAUGGUGGUUAUGAAGCUGUUUCUCGAAAUGGGUUGUGGGAUUUUGUUGUGAAGGAGCUCGGUUUGAGUUCUGGGUUUGGCACGUCGUUGAAACUGAUUUAUGCUAAGUAUCUUGAUUCGAUUGAUAUUUGGAUGCGAAGGACUGUUAAGAGUAAAGAGCUGAAAGGUAAAGUAGGAGACAGUGACGCGUUUCAGAGUAUUUUUAUGAUGGACUUGGAAUCUGAAACUAGAGAGCUCUCGUCUGAGAAUAGUGUCGAGAAGGAGAAAGAUGGAGAGCAAUUGCAUUUGGAUUUGGAGGAGAAGAGUAAAUCUAACUUUACCAGUGGUGAAAAGUUCAAUGAAAGGGGAAAAGGUUGGAUUUCUUUGGACUUGGAUUCAGGCAAGGACAAUGGCUGUGACAUGCUAUUUGAUUCUGGUGUAGUUUCUGAAGGUGAGUCCAGCAAAAACCAGGGCCCAAAUGAAGAGGUAAGGAGUUCUGUGCAGUUGAAUGGAAAUGGUGGAAAGUUUGCUAUUGUUGACAAACUUGAUAUAAAUCUUAAGAGUCAAGAUACUUAUGAUGCCUGUAACCAAAAGAGGAAGCGUGUGUGUAUCUCGGCAUCACUUAAUUGGCUCAGAAAAGUUGCCAAGGACCCUGGUAAUAAAGUCAUUGGGUCUUUACCAGAAAGGUCCAAAUGGAAGUAUUUUGGAACAGAGCAUCCAUGGAAACAGUUUUUAUUGGUCCGCCAGGCGAUGAUGGUGAAAAGGAAUGGUAACUCAAGUGCUGAGCAAUCUAUAUGGCAGAAGCAAAAGAUUCAUCCAACCAUGUACGAAGAUCAUUCUAUUUCUGCGACAUCAAGAUACAGCCACAGGAUUGUUUCUGCCAGAACAUAUCAAGCUGUCCUCUCUUUUAAGAAGUCACAAGCACAAUCCUGUUCAGAGUCCACAUCUUCAGAUACUCGUAGUGACUUGGAGGAUUCACUUGCCGGCUUAUGGCUUAAGAAAUAUAGUCGUAGGAGGAUUCCUGUGGGUAUAUAUUUUCAAGCAGAACUUCCGGAAUGGACGGAAAAGGCUUCUGAUAGUGAUUUGAAAAGGGUAGGUACACGUAUUUGGCCUCAGAAAAAGGGUGUGAACCGUAACUGUUUGAUUGAAAGGGAUCCCACUGGAUAUGGGAGACGUGAUCUGUGUGGUUGUGAGAUUAAAGGUUCUUUUGAAUGUAUUAGAUUUCAUGUUUCGGAAAAACGGAUUAGACUAGAGCGUGAAUUGGGGGUGGCCUUUUAUCAAUGGCACGUUGACAAGAUCGGUGAGAAAGUUGCAUUAUCUUGGAAUAAGGCAGAGGAAUCGAACUUUGAGGCUAUAAUAAGGUCAAAUCCUCCCUCUCAAGGUAAGUGUUUCUGGGAAGAAAUAAGUAAAUUUUUCUGUUACAAAAAGAGGGUACAGUUGGUGAGCUACUACUUCAACGUCUUUCUUCUUCGGCGAAGAGGUCUGCAGAACAGGUCCAUCCCAAUCGAAAUUAGCAGUGACGAUGAUGACUUGGACUUUGAAACAACUACAAAUUGCAGUGGACAAACAGUGGUGAGGUCUCCUAAACCCAGUUAUUGUUCGCCAAAGAAGACUCAUCUGAAUUUCAGAUAGUAGGUUCCUGAGUAUUGGCCAGAGCCAUAAAUUGCAGCUUUUUUGUGGGUUAGCUUGAAUGUUCGUGUUAUCUUGGAAGUAGAGAGUCUGUCCAUCUCUUACAGCACGGAGUUCAAAAGGCAUCUGUAAGUUACAGCCGUAUGAACCAAUGGAUUGAUGAUUAUAUAUGCAGAUGGAUUGCUAGUUUAUAGCCCAGUGGUGCUUGACUGCUUGCUUAUGAAAUGUUUUUGGUUAAAAAUUUCUAGUUUUUUCAUUCAUGACGCAUACACACACACCCUUUCAAGUUGCCUUUUAAAAGCUCUGUGGUCUAUUUGGACUUAUAAAAGCACAAAGAUGUGCAUACCAGUUUAUAAAAGGAAAGUUUUGCAAAAAAAUUUAGAAAGUG